AUGGUAGCCAGUAAUAAUUACGUGAAGCCGUGGGAAAAGCGACACAGCGCCGAGGCGGAAGCGGAGAGAAUGGAGGUAAGAGUCGGUCAUCCGGAGCAGUCAGCCCUCCAGUGCACAUUUGAUUGACGGUGUCGUCGUCGUUUGUAGUCGUCUGCCAGGCGCCCUCCGCCGCCCCGCGCGUGAUUCGUGGAGAAGAGGGCGCGAGAAGCGAAGCGAGAGGAGCUUUCUGCUCGGUGCGCGCCCCUCCGAAAACAAUAAUUAUCUGCGCCGUCCCACUCGUCCGCCGCGGCGUCGUCGUUCAUCUCGAUGCCGAGAUUCAUCAAUUUCCGGCGUUGGCGGCGUUGUCAAUCAGUCGCCCGGCUCGAAAGCCUUCUGAACCAGCACAACAACGCGCCAAUCUCAGUUCUGUUUCGCUACUCGCUAUUCGAAAGUUCGCAAGAAACGACGUCGAAUUCUGAUAUUCCGAUGACGGCGAUCACGCUGAACGGACGUCCCAUUGGAGAAGUGAGUCAUCUCAGAAGGGAUCUGGAGAUCUUUGAGAUUCUCCGUCGCUCUUCGUCUCUUAUGAAAAAUGAAGUUCUCGAGUUCUCAGAGUCAUUGUCUCGGUUUCAAGUUGAUUAGCUCACUGACUUUCUUUGACAGUUCUUGGGACGCUUAGCGUAGCUCUCAGAUCAGUCCUUCCAUUCUUCCUUGUCUUUUGCCAAGCUCAGUAAAGCAAAUCCCAAUACCUUCUCAUUUUCGCGGAGCGGCGCCAUUUUGUCUGAAACUGAGGCAUGCAUGAAUCGAUUAAUUUUUCGCUCGCGUUUGCCUCCUGCCGCCUUCUCCUUCUCCUUCUCCUUCUUCUACUUCAUCUUCUACUACUUGCUCGCGAGAGAGAGAGAGAGCAGCAGCCAGAGAGCCCGCACUGCUCUCCGGAGCUCUAAAAGGCGACGAUUACAUAUCGAAGCCGCGCGGCAGAAGAAAAAAAAGAAGGGGGAAACGACGGAGGGGAGAAGGAGAUAAGCCGUGCGCCGGGCGGACAACGACGACCGACCGACCGAGCUGACGCAAUUCGAUCCUCUUCGCACCCUGUUUACUCUUCCACCUCUAGUCACCGUCGUCGCGCGUUUCCCCCGCUUCCCCCAGUUGCUUCUGAAUAAUUUCUAAAUUGAUUCGGAAGUCAUUCCAAUGAUACCCAUCGGAGAGGUUCGAUUCUAAUGCGGCUCCGAUUACGGCCAAUACGCCUUCUUGCAGACGCACGAUGGACGAGCCGACAUGACCAACUUCGAGAUGGAUCUGUUCGACACGCGGAUCAAUGAGGUGAAGGUGGAGAAGGGCGGCGACGGCGGUGACGAAGAGGAAGAGACGAAAAAGAGGUGUUGUAAGUGUGGGUACGUUUGGCCGGGCACCUCGCUUCCAACCAGUUCAGAGAUAAUCGCCCGUUCGUGCAAACAAGCAAAUAAUAUCCGUAUGAAUAAGAACCCCAAAACACCGCUGCUUUCCUUUCUCGCUCACCUAACCACAAUCUGCCUGCUUUUCAUGCAUUCAUCCCUAGAAAAUCACAAUUCGUUUCAUUUAAUUGCAGAUCGUCCCGAAAUCGAAUCAUCAAACCCGCCUGCGUUCCCAUUUCCAUCGUCUCCCUUCUCAUCAUUGCUCUCGUCUUUCUGCCGUUGUUCAACGAAGAAGAUCUCGCCUCGCCGAUCAAAUUGACGACCGGAUGCACGGUCAAAUGCAAGUCGUACCUCGUCGAAUCCAUCCCGACGGGUGUGCCGUUCGCGACGAUGAAUCACACGGCCGCCGCGUGGAUUGACAUCAUCGAGAACACAAAACAGUGAGUUUCUGCGUAAAAAAUAUAUUCUGAGAACACGAAUUUUGAUGCUGCCUCCUUCAAAACACGCGAAAUAAUCUCUUUCUGAUUUCAGAUAUCUGGACAUAUCCGUCAUGUAUUGGAAUCUCAACAGCUCAAACUACGAAACGGCGAAGUACGGUCGGCAAGUGUACGAGGCAUUGAUUCGAGCCGGCAAGCGAGGCGUCAAGAUCCGAAUCGCACAGGACGGAGCGUCGAAUCUGUCGGAUAACGAGGAGUCGGCGUAUCUGGCAAGGGAGGGACUCGCGGAAGUUCGGCAGAUCAAUGUGACACGGCUCAUCGGCUCCGGAAUCAUUCACACCAAGUUCCUUCUCUCCGACAUUUCUACGCUGUACAUUGGAUCGGCGAAUAUGGACUGGAAAUCGUUGAGCGAAGUGAAGGAAGUGGGCGUUGUUGUAAAAAGCUGCCCGUGUGUGGCCUCCGAUCUCUACAAAAUCUUCGCAGUCUAUUGGAAACUCGGUGAGAACAGCUCGGUCGUCCCGGAGAAAUGGCCCAUUUCCUACCGUACUCCUUUCAACUUCACGAAUAUGGCCAAGUUGAGUUUGGAUGGAGCGCCUGCGGAAUAUUUCAUUUCGGUGAGUUUUCUCUUCUUUUAGAGCUUUGAAAUAAUCGAAUGAUUACAGAGUUCUCCGGCGCCGUUCAAUCCGAAAGGACGAGAACACGACCUGGCAGCAAUUCAGAAGAUCAUCGGUGCGGCGAAGGAAUCAGUGUGCAUUUCGGUGAUGGACUACAUUCCGGCGACGCUCUACAUGAAGGGAGGCAACCGAUUCUGGUCGGAAAUCGAUGAUGCUCUCCGGGACGCCGCCUUUCGAGGAGUGCACGUGCGACUGCUCAUUUCGCACUGGGAUCACUCGCGGAAAGAGAUGCUGCCGUUCCUCAAAAGUCUGGAAGCGAUCACCGACGGACUUCCGAGGUAUAACGGGACGGCGCACGGACAGAUCGAGGUGCGGAUAUUCACCGUUCCGGCGAAUGAAGAGCAGAAAAAGAUCCCUUUCACGAGGGUGAAUCACGCGAAGUACAUGGUCACAGAAGACAUCGCUUAUAUCGGUGAGUUGUCAACAUUUCUUCUCUCGAAAAUCAUAGAACACGUGUAUGGUUUUUGAAUCUAAAAGUGCUUCGCCACCUCGUGGUGCUCGGCAACAAAUCAGAAAGUUUUGCAGGCACUUCGAAUUGGUCGGGAGACUAUUUCAUCAGCACGGCCGGCGUAGCGAUGGUCGUCCGACAAUCGGCAGCCACCGAAAGGUUUGCCUCUCCGUUCUUAUCUUCCGGAAUUACAAAAUUGACACUUUCAGGUUGCAAACAGUCUUCGAUCGCGACUGGAACUCGGACUACGCAAAAGACUUGUGA